GUGUCCUCGGCUGUCAUUCACUGACUCCCGGCCGGUGAUUACCCUCCGGCAUCUGGCGAUCGCCGAGUAUCACUGACGGGGGAGAGACCUGUGUAUAAACAACACAGAUCUCUCCCCUGUCAGCUCCUGCACACUGCUUUGUAUGGCUGUACAUAGCAAAGCCAGUGUAAAACACACACACAACACACAGUGAAACAGCACACAGUUAACCCUUUGAUCGCCCCAGAUGUUAACCCCUUUCUGCGCAGUGUCAUUAGUACAGUGUCAGUGCUUUUUAUUAGCACUGAUCACUGCAUUGGUGUCACUGGGGAUGUCAGUGACACCAAGUCAGUUCCCCUCAGUGUCAGAAUGCCCGCCGCAGUCCCGCUAUAAGUCGUUG